AUGCGGUUUUUUGUGACAGCUCUUGCAUUCGCUCUCGCGUUAGAUAGCGCAAUGGGAGAAUGUAGUACUUUUCAAACCCAGAUCAAUGUCUCCAUGUGCAACUGGCAAGGGCUGCGCGCCACUGUUCUGCGCGACACACUCUACUUGGAUGGAGGGAAGUUAUGGUAUCAACGGGGAUAUGAUGACGGUUGCGUCGGAUACAUGGCGGAUGAUGCGUUGACCGCGAACCUCUACUAUCUCAAUCUUUCAACUCCUUUCAACACUAGCUCGGAUUUCAUGAGCACCCUCAGCAACAUGUCUAUCGCCGGCGGCGCCGCGACAAACAUAGCACCGAAUUACGUUAGCGGUUCAAUGCUGUCAAAUGACAAUGAGUUCUAUCUCUAUGGGGGUAUGAGUCGCAAUACAGACUCUAGUGACCCAGCUCCCGAAGAUCGCGUUCUCUCAUAUGAUGCUUAUCAGUACGGUGCAUACAAGAGCGUAUGGGCGGCAGGUUGGACACAGGAGUCGCUGUCUGAGAAUGUUACCCGACUUAUCACCAACGGAGCCGCAGCAUCUGCUCCGAGUGAAAAUCUGGGGUUCUACUUCAGCGGGAUGCGCGCCUCAGACUGGGGCGAAUUUACGCUAGACGACUCGAACGCCAACGUCACCGCCGAUACGCUCAUCACGGUGGAUAUGUCGACCAUGCGUUCGGGGGAGUGGAGCAACACCACACUACCGAGCUACAUUCCAGGACGCUCCAACGCAGAGCUGGUCUGGGUGCCAGUGUCCGAUUCUGGGGUCUUGGUCGCGAUUGGUGGAGUCAUUGACCCCAUCAGCAUUUUCCGCAAUCAAAAGUCGAACUCAACGCGGACGGAUGAAAGCAAAGCUAUUAGCCCAACAUUCAUGGACACGGUCUCGCUCUUCGAUGUUGAGAGCAAGACCUGGUAUCUGCAGAACACGACAGGCGACGUACCUCCACAGCUGACUGAGUUCUGCUCUGUACUUGCAAGUGCGGCAGAUGGUUCCUCUCACAACAUUUAUAUCUAUGGUGGAUAUAAUGGUCUUGAGUAUAAUGCGAACCCGUCAGACGAUGUGUACAUAUUGUCUUUGCCAUCUUUCAAAUGGAUCAAAGCGUACAGUGGGACGAGUACACACAGCCGCAGUGGUCAUCGAUGUCUUAAAGUGUACCCGGACCAAAUGCUGGUCGUUGGAGGGCAACACGUCGACCAAAGCAAAUGCCUAGAGGGUGGUGUCAUUGUUGACUUCAACCUCAACACUCUCAAGUUCCAGGACAAAUACGACCCGACCAGUUGGGGCGAAUACAAAGUUCCAGACUUGAUCACUGCUAAGAUUGGCGGCAACUCUGAUGGAGGAGCGACCACCACAGCUCCAUCCUCGUGGACCAACAGCUCUCUAGCCGGAGUUUUCGACAAGAAAUAUUCGAAGACUGUCGAGACGUAUUGGCCCUACAGUGCCUCUGCCGUUCCAGAAAAUGAUGGAGGAGGUGGUGGGUUUCCGGGUUGGGCUGGUGCAAUCAUCGGCGUGGUCCUCGGCCUGCUCAUCAUCGCAUUCCUCGUAGGCUUCUGGCUUUAUCGCCGACGUCGAAAUCAACGCCAGGCCAAAGAGGCCGAAAACGAAAAGGUCAAAGAGGAUGAGAAUAAGGAUCCACCGGCAUGGAUGUAUGGUGGUGGCCCAAGUUCCCCGGACCAGGCCCAACCUCCACAUCCACAGGCGUAG